CAUGUCUGUUAGCUGGAGAGUUUUGGCUCUGUUGGCGCUGGCGGCAUUUCCAGAGCUCGCCUGCUGCCAACUGGCUGCACCGAGUGUUAUCUGCGGGGCCGAGGGCCGGCUGCCGGACCCCACGGACUGUGGCUUCUACGUGGACUGCACAGAGAACAGCGACGGCAGCUUCACUAAGACCGUCAGCCCGUGCCCCGACGGCACCUACUACGAUUCGUGCCAGGGCGACUGCAGCAAAACUCAGCAACCAUCCGUCUGUUCAUUUGCCUGUGAUGAUAAUGGAAUUGCCGGAUUUCCACCUGAAAAUCCGUCUGUGUACUUUGUUUGUAACAACACUGGGAGUGUACCGACCUUCAAUGUUACUAAGUGUCCCAAUAAUACUGCAAUCGGUAAUGACCAUAUUAACUGUACUGGUAUUGCCCCCGACUGUCCAGUCAAUAAUGCGUCACCUGCGCCCUCCACAUGCAGCGGUACUUAUUAUUACGGAAAUGAGAAUAACUGUUCCGUUUACUACUACUGCAGCGGCCCAGGAGCGACACCGGAGCCAACAACCUGUGAUGCUGGUGAAUACUUCGUAAGUUACAACCACAGCUGCACCAAGUUUCAGUGCACGUCGCAGGGUUUUUUUGCAGAUCCAGCCAAUUGUGCCUCGUUCUACUACUGCGUUAGCGAUGCUUCGGAAGCGACGCAGCUUACGUGUGCGAGUGGUACUCAUUUCGACAGCUCUGUUGGAGGGUGUGUGCAGGGAGAGUGCACAACAGUCUGCCCCGGAAGCAGCUCGCACUUCACGUGCCCGUCCGGCGGCUUUUUCGCAGAUCCGUUGAACUGCAACUGGUACUACUACUGCGACAGUAACCUGCAAGCAUCGCACAGUCAGUGUCCAGACGGAAGCCACUUCGAUAGCACCGUGGGUAGCUGCACGACGGGCGAGUGUUCUAGCAAGCUGGUCGGUAUGGCCCAGCAGACUGGCAUGCGACCUCUGCGCUCUACUUCUAGUCUUUCGUUACGACGCGAAGAAAACCACAUUCCACUCUCUAGUUUUCGCAAGGAGACACAGCAGAUGCCAAGUCCAUAGUCAUUAAAUUGUCCCUCGAGGAUGGUUCUUAUUUUUAGUGACAGCUACUUCUGUCAAAAUUAGUGUGACUAUGUGUCAGCUGUUUCAUCGCGAAGUGCUUGUCGUCUGUAUAUCAGUGGAAAAACUAGAUCACCACCUGCCCUAUUUCUCAAGCCUGGAUUCUUCGUGUCCCAUUUACUAUCUGAUGUUUUAAUGCUUACAUAAGUUCAAUUUAGUUACCUUUAAGUUACCUUUGCCAGAACUCUUUUACCUCCACAUAUUCAUUAAUUACCAUACUAGUAGCUCAGUAAUAUCUAGUGAUAAAGUUGUUCAUAUCCCCACUUUGUCCGCCGUUUAUGUAGUGACGGCUUUAGUUACAAAGUCCACAGCGCGCAGUUUGUUUUCUUAAUCUUCUGAUUUUCUGUCAACCAGUACAAACUAAUUUAUAUCACGCUCGUUACCUGUCAAAACUGUACUUAAAUAUGACACCUGUAGUCAGUAUCAGAUAACAGCCUUAGAUGGGUUAGCUAUACAAAUUUAUUUUAAAUAGUUUUUCUUUCCAUAAAAAAUAUCUAGUUUGAACCAUACCUGGAUAGCUGGUCAUACCCUUUAAGAAACCUGUUCCCAAACAAUUAAUAUCAUUCAACAAUAUGCUGAGUUUAGGAAGAAGUGUUAGUUAUUAUUACGAGACAAAUAGGAUAUUUGCAAGUACACUUCUACUUGAAUUGGCACAUUUUAAAAAUGCAUGUUGAUGGUUGCCGAUGUUGACUGGAGCGCGUUUUACACCGCAGGUAUACCCGAUCACUGGCUGAUGUGUGUGCAAAGACAGAAACCCAUAACGGACUAGGCACUAGAAGCCAAGACUCUACCUGGUGAUCAUUUCCCAUGUCCAGUCACUGGGCGACCAACCAGCAGACACUGAUACACCUUACAUCAAGUCUCUCAGCAAAGUCUCCUACAUUAAAAGUAUUACUCUCUCUUCACAUUCACUAAAAUUUGCUGUGCACUUGUCACUGCAUCUAAUAGGCCAGGUCUACCAGUCUGAAUCAUUUGUCAACAAAUUUCGUUGAUGUUGUCCAAUGAGCUCUUUUCUAACUCUAAAACCACUAAGUUUCCAAAUAUUUUCGUUUUUAAAAGAAUUCCUUUCGUGAAUACUGUUUAAUUUACCGAUAACGAUCGAUUCCAGCAAACGUUUUGUUCCAUUGACUCAUAAAUAUUUGAAGAUCACUACAUUGGCUCAUCAGUCGUGCAAACACCGUUCUGAUUUACAGAAGAAACAUGCAAGAAGUCUCUACUUGACGAUACAUUUGAAAAAGUGGACCAUAAUGUCAUUUUUUUAGCUAAAUCCUUUGUCUUGAGAUCCACACACACAGUUUC